AUGAGCAAAUCCAUCGACCCAACUAGAGAUCAAGCCCUGGACCUCACAGGCACAACCACUGGAUCAUGUCCCCUGACCUAUCCACCACUGAAUUUGGGAACCGGUUCGCUGAAUCAACUCGCGGAUACAAUCCUAUUGCAUCUCCUUGUCCCCGAAUCGACCAUUGAGAUAGCCGAUCCAAUCAAACUCACCGAUGGCGUGGUUGCAUCAGAUAUCAAAAUCUAUCAGUUAGACACUAUUCACCGGACUUGUGCAAUCGAGUUACAAACAAGUGAUUCUCUGGGUUGUAGCGAACGUGGUCUGCUGUUGAAAGCGUGUUUGGGGGCGAGACAAAUUCGAGCGAACCUCUCCCUCACCACGCCCUAUGCCGGACUCAAAGAAGGAGUGAGUUCUUCAGAUAUACCAAGAAUUGUUAGCAGUGCAGACUAA